AUCACUAAAAUUUUAACAAAUAUUAUGUUAUGAACUUAUAAUCUAUGUUACCCUAACUCUUCAAAAUCGCUGAUGGAUGAGUCUUGGAUUCUCUGAAAAAAGUAGCGCAUGCUUGGACGAUCGUUAUUGAAGAGUUUGAGCAACAUAGUCUAUAAUUGAAAAUGUGCAAUGGAUGUGGCGAUGAAAACAUAAAUGCUGAAUACGUCAAAUUUAAAUUUUGAAUCCACCUCUUGUUGUUGUUGUCGUAAUUCGGUUCACUUUUUUUGUAGUUGAAGCAACCAAGAAUUUUACUUUUGUCAAAAACAGAAAACAAAAUGGUAGAGGGAGCAAUAAGAAAAGCAUAUAAAACAAAAUUUACAAAAUGUUGGAAUGCAAUAUGGAGAACUUCUUAUAUUAUAAAGUUGGCUUUAUCAGCUGGUAUUGGAGGAUUUCUUUUCAGUUAUGAUACCGGUGUUAUUUCUGGCGUGCUUCUUUACAUAAGGAAAUAUUUUAAAGAAUCUGAUAAGAAGAUGUGGCUGUGAGAAACUAUUGUUAGUAUAGUUGCUGCUGGUGCAAUCUUUGAUGCUACUACUGGUUGUUGGCUUAAUGACACGUUUGGAAGGAAACUUUCGAUUCUCAUAGCUAAUGUUCUCUUCUUUACUGGUGAACUCAUUAUGGCUAUUGCACUGGUUCCUUGGGUGAUUAUUAUUGGAAUGAUAUUUUUUGGUUUGGGAGUUGGAAUGGCUUCAAUGACAACUCUGCUUUAUAUAUUAGAAUCCUCGCCUCAUAAGAUCAGAGGUGCCCUUGUCAACAUGAAUGGCUUACUCAUUACUGGAGGACAAUUCCUUUUGUAUCUAAUCAAUCUUUCCUUGGCUGAUGUGAAAGAAAUGUGGGUUUGGAUGCGCAUUACUGGACUUCCAUCAGUUAUUCAACUUAGACUUAUGCUUGUCCUACCUGAGUCUUUAAGAUGGCUUUACAGAAAGGGGAAACUGGAUGAAUCGAGCGAUAUCUCAGUGAAAAUUUAUCCAGCAAAGGAAGUAGAGAAUGAGGUGAUAGCUAUGAAGAAGUCGGUUGAAGAAGAAAAGGAACUUGCAGGUAGCAUUGUGAGUAGCACAUUCACUCAAAUCAAGAAAGCAUUUGGGAACUCAACAUGUAGAAGAGCACUAUAUGCCAGUAUUGGUGUUCAAGUGGCUCAACAAUUCGUCGGUAUCAACACUGUCAUGUACUACAGUCCAACUAUCAUGCAAUUUUCUGGAUUUGUAUCUAAUAAGACCGUUGUAGCACUAUCAUUUAUCACCUCUGAUCUCAACGUGGUUAGAUCCAUAGUCAGUAUGGCAUUUAUCCAUAGAUAUGGAAGUAGGAGACUCAUGAUCAUCUGCUAG